UGAUAUCAGCCCAGCCCCGUGUCCGGACCCACGAGGAUCUGAUAUCAGCCCAGCCCCGUGUCCGGACCCACGAGGACCCUCAGCACAGCAUCCAGCCAGCAUGGAGCCGGCUCCGGAGCUGAAGAGGAAUAGUUUCCCCAGCAUGAACUUUGAAGCAGAGAUUCUGACAACACCACAUGAUAAUUCAGAGCUCUACAUGAUCCCUGCCAUGAGAAGCCUCACAGCUGAGGAGUAUGUGGAGGCCUUUAAGGCGUUCUUGGAGCACUCAACAGAGCACCAAUGCAUGGAUGAGUUCAACAGGGAACAAAUGCCCACCAUCGUGGCUGGUCUGGGCACUGGAAAAUCGACGCUCAGCGUUCUGGGAGUUGGGAGUGGCACAGGUGAGCAGGAUUUGAAAAUGAUCAGGAUACUGCAGGCUGUGCACCCAGGGGUCUUUAUUGACAAUGAGAUUGUGGAGCCCAACCCACAGCACGUGGCAGCUUACAAAGAGCUGGUGAAUCAAGCUCCAGACCUGCAGAAUGUUUCUUUUAUUUGGCACCAGCUCACUUCCUUGGAGUAUGAACAGCAGGUGAAGGAGAGAGGCACACAUAAGAAAUUUGACUUCAUCCAUAUGAUCCAGAUGCUGUACCGUGUGGAGGAUAUUCGCAGUACUAUCAAGUUUUUUCACAGCUGCCUUGACCAUCAUGGUAAACUCCUGAUCAUAAUUUUGUCAGACAGCAGCGGCUGGGCCAGCCUGUGGAAGAAGCACAGGGACUGCCUGCCCGCCACCGACAGCGGCCACUACAUCACCUGCAGCGGCAUCACCGAGGUGCUGCAGAGCCUGGGCGUGCAGCACCGCGUCUACGAGCUGCCCUCGGGCUGGGACAUCACCGAGUGCUUCAGCGAGGGGGACGCGGUGGGCGGCCGCAUGAUGGAUUUCCUGACGGGCACCAAGAACUUCCUGGGCACGGCGCCGCCGGCGCUGCGGCGGCGGCUGCAGGCGGCCCUGCGGCAGCCCGAGUGCAGCAGCACCAGGGACGGCAGGGUCAUCUUCAGCAACAACCUCAGCAUGAUCGUCGUGGAGUCCUAG